AUGGGUUCUGCUUUCUCGUCGAACGGGAAGGGCUCGUCCCUGCGCAAGAUCGGGUCGGCGGCGGCGCUCAUCUGCGUCGUGCUGCUUUUCGUCGUCGCCGGCGGGGUUGCGACGCUUCAUCGCACGGACAACAACACGUCGGCACGCGGCGUCCUUGUAAAGGAUCUGGCAACGACGCGGAUCCCGCGCAAGAUACUUCGCGCCGUGGCCGUCGAGCCGACGACGAAAGAGCCCGGCAGGAACAGCCGCGCAAACAAACGCCGGUCGUCGUCAGGCAGCGAGCCGCUGCCGAGGGGCAUCGCGCACGACACCAGCAACCUGGAGAUGGAGCCCUCGCUGGCCGGGGACCCCGAGCACCGGAAGAAGGAGCAGGAAGCAGUAGCCACGGCGCCGCCGAAGCCCAAGAGCCUCCUGGCGAUCCCCGUGGGGAUCAAGAACAAGGCGGUCGUCGACAAGCUCGUCUCCAAGUUCCCCGCUGCCGACUUCACCGUCAUGCUCUUCCACUACGACGGCGCGGUGGAGCAGUGGAGCGACGUCGAGUGGUCGGGCCGCGCCGUGCACGUGGCGGCGAAGGGGCAGACCAAGUGGUGGUUCGCGAAGCGGUUCCUGCACCCGGACGUGGUGGCGGAGUACGACUACGUCUUCGUCUGGGACGAGGACAUCGAGGUCGACGCCUUCGACCCCGUCAGGUACCUCGACGUCGUGCGGAGGGAAGGGCUCGAGGUGUCGCAGCCGGCGCUCGACCGCCGCUCGGAGAUACACCACGCCAUCACGGCGCGCGCGCUGGCGCCGACGGCGGACGGCGUGCACCGGCGCGUGCGGAACACGCGCUGCGGCGACGGCGACGGCAGCACGGGGCGGCCGCCGUGCGCGGGGUGGGUGGAGGUGAUGGUGCCGGUGUUCUCGCGGGCGGCGUGGCGGUGCGCGUGGCGGAUGGUUCAGAACGAUCUCAUCCACGGGUGGGGGCUCGACUACAGGCUCGGAUACUGCGCGCAGGGCGACCGCGCCGUCAACGUCGGAGUGGUGGACAGCCAGUACGUGCUCCACCGUGGCGUCCCCAUGCUCAGCGACGGUGGCAAGGCCACGGCAUCGGCAGGGCGGGCCGCGGUGAGGUUGCGGUCGUUCAGGGAGAUGCAGAUUUUCAACAAGAGGUGGGAGAAGGCUGCCGCCGAGGACAAGUCAUGGAGUGAUCCUUACGCCGCGUAG